UCUUCCCCAAUUUCUUCACUUUCUUUGCAAAUGGCCAGCUGAAAAGUCUCCUGCUGUUGCAUAAUUUGCAAAUGCAGUCAGCUUGUCCUCUUGAAUAUGAAGACUGCACUAACAAAAACCAAAUUCCCCAAACUAUUAACCUGAUAUGAUCUCAAACCUCUCCAUGUUCCUACUCUUCCAAACUCAGCCAUCAGAUCUCAAUAAGCUUCUUCUUACUGCCACCAAAAUCAAGCAACAAAAUAAGAAUAAUAAAGAACUCACCACAACAGGAAACCCGUCAUCAGCAUCUCCGCCGUUUGUCAAUGCCUCUGCCUCUCCAUCUCUAUUUUCCAACCAGCUUGUUAUCCACACCUCUGCCGUCUAUCAACGCAUUUGCCGCCUAUCAACGCAUCUGCCUCCUUUGCAGCUCCAUUGUCCACACCAGCUCAUCUUCUACGCCUCUGCCCUUCAGAAUCAGUCAAUUACUCAAAUUACAAUGAUAGACGAGAGAGAGAAACGACCGCCAUAG